AUAGUGCGUUAGGACAGUUGUAGGGACUUGGCACUGAAAAAGAGAUGCUUUUCCUCUCUUUUGUGAAAAAGCUAAGCAAAGACUGAGAAUGAGGGAAAAACAGCUGAUUUUUCUGUAAGUUUUUUCCAAUCCUAUUUUAAUAUAUGAUAAGUUUGUUUUUAUUGUGAUCUGCUGGGAGGGCAAUGUAUGGUGUGGACUGGAUUUUUCUCAUUCAUGUUUGUUGCGGUAAAACAUGCUGAGGAAACACUGUGAUAUGGAGAAACAAGAAAUAUGGGAAAAGUAAUAGCAGGGCAGAGUCAUGUUUUUCCCCCUUCUUUCCUUUCCUGAGUAUAAUGAUUCAUGAGGUAGAGACAUGACAAGUCAAGCCUGCUUUCCGGGACACACAUUCUGUGAAGACUUUGCUGGGUACAAUCAACUUGGCUUUAUUCACAAAAGCAGUUCUUUUGCGUGUAUGCUCUGUUCAGUGGAAAGCAUUGGUUCAAUCAUGUGUGAUUAUUAGGUAGGGAGAAGGAAGAAAGAACACUCACCAUGGGGUACAAUGGAAGCUGGAUUUCAAGGAAUGAAAGUGACCAUGCCCUCUAUCAGGAUGUCACCAGAGCUUUAGAAAUUAAGAAUGUAUCUAAUACACAAAUUGUGUGGAACAAUAGAAGCUACAAUGGGAUUGGACCCUUGGAAAAUGGGGAGUACAAUGAGGAGCAAACCUACAGACAUUUCACUACCACUGUGCAAAUUGUCAUCUUUAUAGGCUCCCUGUUGGGAAACUUCAUGGUGCUGUGGUCGACCUGCAGAACAUCAGUAUUUAAAUCAGUAACAAACUGCUUCAUUAAGAACUUGGCCUGCUCUGGGAUCUGUGCCAGUCUAGUCUGUGUGCCUUUUGAUAUUGUCCUUAGUGCCAGUCCACACUGCUGUUGGUGGAUCUACACCAUGCUCUUCUGUAAAAUUGUCAAGUUUUUGCAUAAAGUCUUCUGCUCAGUGACCAUCCUUAGUUUUCCUGCCAUUGCUUUGGACAGGUACUACUCAGUUUUAUACCCAUUGGAAAGAAAGAUAUCUGAUGCGAAGUCUCGAGACCUGGUUAUCUACAUCUGGGCCCAUGCCGUGGUGGCCAGCAUUCCUGUGUUUGCUGUGACCAAUGUUUCUGAUAUUUACGCCAUGUCCACCUGCACAGGAUCCUGGAGCUACUCCCUAGGUCACUUGGUGUAUGUCAUUAUUUAUAACAUCACCACUGUUAUUGUACCAGUGGCUGUGGUGUUUUUUUUUAUGAUUCUUAUCCGCAGAGCACUGAGUGCCAGCCAAAAGAAAAAAGUCAUCAUAGCUGCCUUAAGAACCCCUCAGAACACUAUUUCUAUUCCCUAUGCCUCCCAGAGAGAAGCUGAGCUUCAUGCUAUGCUGCUCUCCAUGGUUAUGAUCUUUAUUUUCUGCAGCGUUCCCUACGUGACUCUGGUGAUUUACCGCACCAUACUCAACAUACCAGAUAUUUCAGUCUUCUUGUUCCUCACUGCCAUCUGGUUGCCUAAAGUCUCCCUGCUAGCCAAUCCUUUGCUCUUUUUGACUGUAAACAAAUCUGUACGGAAGUGCUUAGUGGGUACAAUAGUGCAGCUACACCGGAGGUAUAGUAGGAGGAACAUUAUCAGCUCCGGGAGUGUUGCAGAUACCAACUUGGAGCCCAAUGUCCGCUCUGGUAGCCAGCUUCUGGAGAUGUUUCACAUAGGGCAGCAGCAAAUCUUCAAGUCAACAGAGGAUGAUGAGGAGAAUGAAACAAAAUCCAUUGGUUCUGGUGACUUUCAGCAGAAGGAAAUCCCUACCACCAGUUUAGAGGUAGAACACACGUUAGUUCAGAAAUGUCUACAACACACCAUUGCUGACUCAGCUGCUCAGGUGGCCCCGGCCAUGCCAACAGAAGCAGAUCUGGUUAAUGAAAAAUAUUCAAUGCAGUUUGGCUUUGGGCCUUUUGAGUUGCCUCCACAGUGGCUUUCAGAAAAUUGGAAUAGUAAGAAGCGACUGCUGCCUCCCUUGGGGAAUACCCCUGAAGAGCUCAUCCAGACAAAGCAGCCCAAGUGUAAAGCAGAAAGAAAAAUCAGCAGGAACAAUAAAGUCAGUAUCUUUCCCAAGGUGGAUUCCUAGUAGGAGCAGGAGCUCUGAAUAACAAAGGAAGUCCACUUUCUACUGUACAUGUGAUCCCAUGGAUCAUAGUUAUGCUGAAAUUUGUUACAGGCUGAUUUUUGUGCCAAAUACAUAAAAACAAAAGGGAAACAUAUAACAAAAGUGUUCCUCAUGAAUGUAUUUUCAUUAAAUAGCGACUGAUGUCAUUCCUGCUUUAUUUGUACUAUAGUACAGGUCUGAUUCACUUCCAAAGGGUGUGUAUGGCUUUGUGUACAUUUCCUGUGAAACUUUCAUGGUGUUGUCUGGCAGCUGGUUUACUGGGCACUCCAGUGUUUAGUACAAUGAAAACAUAACUAUUCUGUGUUGCAGCAGCAAGCCAAUAGGCAGGACUUCAGGGAGCACAAAAUAGCUAGGCCAUGCCCAUUCUACACUAAAAUGGACACAGCAAGUUUCUGAGAGUUUCAUUAAUGAAAUGUGAAAAGAUGCUCUUUCUCUUUAGCUGACCUCUUACAGCAAAGUAAAAAAAAAUUGCCAUGUCAGGAACAGCCCAUAGGUUUCUUAUACAUGUUGCUCUUCUCUUCUUUUUGUAGCCCAGUUAUUUUCUCACUUAAAGUAUGCUCACUUUUGGCCUAAAAAAGAUCAACUAGCAUGAGGAAGCCCAAUUGCUGGUGUAGGAGGCCCCCCCCAGAUUGUUUAAAAAUUAACAGAAAAAAACUUCUAAAAUAGCCAUUUCCUCCCUUUAAAAACAAAUGCAUUCCUGUAGUUUAAUGAAAAGUAGACUGUAGACCAUGUGAUACAGUUUCUUCCCAAAAGAGCAUGCAUAGAUGUGCUGAGGGCAUGAGCCAAGGGCAGUUAGAUCCCAUGGUGAUGUGCAUGGUGCAUAUGCCUACUGGGUGCAUGAUUUCAGCAUGCUGUAAAUAGCAAAAGAGUCCUGGGUAAAUAUGUGCCUGCAGAAUGGUCUGCUUGUGCCCUCUUCUUUUGACUGUUUUGUGAAAACACAAGGCAUUGCCUUUAUUUGCCUACAUUUUCCAAGGUGCAGAAAUGGUAAUACUUUACAAAAAAGUGAUGUUGCAGCAAGCUGAUUGUUAGCCUCCGAAUGGAAUAAAUGUAAGUGCCAUUCUUUACCUUUGGUGGGAGUAGGGAGACAGCACAACCUCUAAAUUUCCUUUUAGUGGUGGGCAUAAACCCCAAAUAUGCUAAUUGUAAUUUACACGACUCAUCUCAUACUAGAUCAUCCAAUGUAUGACUUUCACAGCAGAUUUCCAUACCUGGUGCCUAAAUUCUUUGUGAAUCAGAACCAAACUGUCCAUUCUAUCAACAAGCUAGUCUAUCUAGGAGUGCUUAGGCAUUAUACUGUAGCUCACCUUCCUCCUUGAUUACAGAUGUAUUGUUUUGCGUAUCUUGAAUGUGAAUUUUAAACUGUGACAGUCUGUAAGACAACCUUAAAACUACUGUACCCCUGGAACUUUAAUCCUUGUUCCAUUGCAAGCAGCCCUUCCUUUCUUCCAUCUCUGCAUUUGCUAUUGUCUCACACUGUAGAUUAUCAAAAGCACAGAGUGAUGAUACCCUAGUACUCUUUUGCACACUUGUUCUCCGUCUGUAGUUUAGAUCUUUGGUGCAUGCCAAGCCCUCACCUGUAGCCUACUGUCUGUUUAGUAAGUAGUUUUCUUUAAAAUGUAUUGUCUAGUUUAAAAUAACUUGCCAAAUCUGACAGUCCGGUGUUAAAAGAAA